ACCGCUCUUUUGUUUAAUUUAAUAUGGCAAUGCAACGGGCUUUGCUCGGUAUUUACUCAUAUACGCACGAAAAUGCAGGAGCGCAGUUUGUCCAGCUGAGUCAUGGCUGUUUAAAAUCCGGAUCAGUCAAACUAUUGUUCCCGUCGGUGGCGCAGGCUGCGGACCGAGACAGCAGCAUCCCGGAGGAAUACAUCGGAGAGAUAAAGGGAGGCCUGCGGCCUUUGAUGAAACUGGUUGUCAUGGGAAUUGUUAACAAAAAGCCCAAGAGCAUUGAAGUCACUCUGUCCAGUAAACCGCAAGAGGAGGACGCAGAGGGUGAUGUUGGUCUCCAGCUGAAGGUCAGCUUCAUGGAUAAGGCCGUCCAACGUAACGCCCGUCUGGCUGGAAAAUGGGGCUCAUCUGAAAAUACCCUCUCCUUCUUUCCUUUUGCUCCUGGAGAACCCUUCAAGAUGGAGAUUGUGUGUGAGCACCAACAAUUCCGCAUCUUGGUGGACGGUCAGCCUUUGUGUGGCUUCACCCAUCGGCUCUCCCAGCUGGCCUCCCUCACGGCUUUACGGGUGUUUGGAGAUCUACACCUCACCAAGGUGGCCUAACGCAAUGGAUUCACGAGAGAGAAGAAGUGAUCUUAGAAUAGAAAUAUUUCUUGAAUGAACAAAAUAGCCCACAGGGAUGUUGUGUUUCCAGUUUCCAGAUUACGCCUGCCUCAUAAUCACACAUUAAGACGAAGUGCCUUCACUAGAUACCUGUCUGUUCGGGGACUUGAAGAUACUGACCGAAUGUAAACGUCAUCUCAAAGUCUUAACUCCACAGAGGAAUGUGAUUUGAGCUGAAGCGAUGGUGAAGUUUAAGUUAUAACAUUCUGAUGCAAAACAUAGUGAUGCAUCAGAAAAUUUUAAUUUUCUGUAAUAUACUGUAUCUGCAUUUGAAUUUUAGACCUUUUGAAAGCACUUAAAUUAUCAAGCACUUGCAUGACAUUCAGUGGAAUCAGUUGUAAAGCUAAUAUUGUCGUUCUGUGCCUAGAUACACUGUU